UAGUGUGUUGCUACAUUAGGAAAACAGCUGACUGCUUCACAUUUUCUAUUUAAUAUUUCAGUUUAUAUUCAUAGUUUCUGCCAAGAGAGAUAAUUUCAGAAAUUUAAAUAAAAACAAUGAGUGUAAUCAAAUAUAUUGGCCGUACAACCGAUUUUCGCGGCAAGACGCUGUGGGAGAUAGUAGGAAAUCUACGUGACUUCGGUGUUGGCCGGUUGGUAAUACGUAACAAAUUCCAACGAUAUGAAGAGCCCUGCUAUAUGCGUAUACUUAAAGUAGAGGUUACACCACAUGACCCAGCAAAGGAUCCUAUACGUAAAGUUGCUGUAACGGUAGAAAAAACAUGGCGUGGCGUAGUGAGUCCAAAUCCAGUCACCAUAUACAGAACUAGUUACAAGCCAGACUACGAACUUAUUCCCAAAGAAGAUGAACCAAAAUAUAUUAACAACACGAAAAAAGUGACGGAGAAAUUAUUAGCAGACAAAAUCGAAUUUCCCCCACUGUUUCGUGAAUAUAUUCGACAGGAGACUGGUACUCAGGAGCCUACAAUGAAAGUCCAUCACAAAAAAACACAUAAUAAAAUAGUACGCUUAGUUACCGAAGGAGAAAAACCGACUAUUGAAUGCACAAUGGGCUUAGGUACACCAGCGAGUCCGAAGCUAUAUGAAGGCUUGUUAUAAACCUAUACACAUAUGCAUGUAUUUUAAGUUACCGCUUACUAAAAUACAAUAAGUUAAAAAAGCAAA